UGGAAAACUAGGUUUUGCUAAUUAAAAUAACAUGAGUUAAGAGUAUACAAGCUCAGGGGUAGAGUGCUUGCUGAAACUAAAUCUCUGGAUUAAAUCCCUAUCACCAGUGAAAUCACAUAGAGACACAUGAACAUACAUAAUAAAAUUAUUUUAAUUUUUUUUCCUAGGCUUAUGAACAUGAAGCAGUCAUUAUGGAGAAAAUAAAAUUUUGAGGAACUUUUCUGUCACCAGUGGCACAGCAAUAAUCCAUCCAUCUUGUGUAUGUAUCACUGUUAAGCUUUCUUUGGUUGUUGUUAUUCAGCUUAGUAAUGAAGCCACCAUUAUGUCCUCAGUCAGCGAAGUAAAUGUUGAUAUUAAAGAUUUCCUAAUGAGCAUAAAUUUGGAACAGUAUCUCUUACGUUUCCAUGAGUUUGGUUUUUAUACAGUGAAGGACUGUACAUCAAUAAAUGAUAGCGUGCUACACAAAAUCGGAAUAUCACCUACGGGACACCGUAGGAGGAUACUGAAACAGUUACAGAUAAUCUUGUCAAAAAUGCAAGAAAUCCCCAUAUAUGCAAAUGUUCAUAAGACAAAGAAUGUUGAUCAUUCGAAAGAGCACCACCCUGCUCCCUCUCCAGAUAAGAACACCUGCAUAGAACCUUUGGUUUCUGGGAAUAAUCAACCACCUGACUUGACAAAGCUGGAACCUGUUGCAAAGAAUUCCACUCCAAAUGACAUUACUAGGCUGGAGAGUCCUCAGAUUCCUACAUCGGAUGAUAAGCUAUCUCUUUCUAAAUAUGACUUGCCUAUUCCAGAAGAUGAAGUACACCAGAAUUUGAGUUCCUCUCAGGAUACUUUAUUUGGUAGUGAAAAUAAUGAAAUAGAUUCUUUGGUGUCAAAGAAGUCUGUGGAUUAUACAAAUGAACAACAAGCUGGAAAGGUUGAUUCUGUAUCAGAAAAUUUGAGUGAAUGUCCUUAUCCAGAUCCCGAAUGUCUUCCUCCCAUUGACUACUCAACAUCAGAAGCAGAUCCUGAAAAUGGAACCAAUGGUUUGUCAGGAUGCUCACCGCCAGCCCCUUUCUUUGAAUUUCAAGGAGAAAUGGUUAUCAAUGAUUUGUACAUUCCCUCUUCUCCAAUCCUGUCACCUAUGAGAAGUCGAAGCAAAUUGGUUUCUAGACCUUCUCGAUCUUUUAUGCUAAGACAUCGGCCUGUACCAGAGAUUCCAGGGUCAACAAAAGGAAUUUCAGGAAGCUAUUUCCGUGAGAGAAGAACUGUUACUUCCCCACCUGGAAAACCUGUGACACUGAAAAAUUCAAAUGAGGAGAAUUCAUCUUCCAUCUUUCCUUAUGGAGAGACAUUUCUCUUCCAAAAUCUAGAAAAUGCCAAGAAGAGAUCUAUAAGGAAUGAAUUUUGGACUAAAGAAAAAGAGGAAGCAACUAUUCCAAGGAAUUCUUUUUUAAUCAGAUCAAGCAUCUAUGAUAAUAGGAAGGAGAAAAUCAGUGAAGACAAAGUAGAAGAUAUUUGGAUACCUCGAGAGGAUAUAAAUAAUUUUCCAGGUGACUCUGCUUCUGAAUCAGAAUACUCAACAGUAGAAGAAUGCUUUCAGAGCUUAAAAAGAAAAAAUUCAAAGGCAUCUAAGUCUAAGACCCCCAAACCACUAAAUUCAGACCCUGUAAACAGGCACAGUUAUCCUUUAAGCUCAACAAGUGGAAAUGCUGAAUCAUCAACCAUUUCCUCAAAUGCCAUCUCUCCUUAUGCCUGCUUUUAUGGGUCUUCUCCAAUGAAGGUUAAAGCUGGAUGGCUAGACAAGCUCUCUCCUCAAGGAAAACGCAUGUUUCAGAAGAGAUGGGUGAAAUUCGAUGGCCUUACCAUUUCUUAUUUCAAUAAUGAAAGGGAGAUGUAUUCAAAGGGAAUUAUUCCCAUCUCUGCCGUUUCUACAGUACGAGUUCAAGGAGACAAUAAAUUUGAAGUUGUUACAACACAAAGAACUUUUGUUUUCAGAGUAGAAAAAGAAGAGGAGAGAAAUGACUGGAUCAGCAUAUUACUAAAUGCACUGAAAUCACAGUCUCUUACUUCCCAGUCUCAAGUUGCUGUUGUACCUGAGAAAUGCGGAUAUCUUGAACUAAGAGGAUAUAAAGCUAAAAUUUUUACUGCAUUAAAGGGAAGUAGUGUGUGGCUUUGCAAAAAUGAACAGGAUUUUAAGAGUGGACUUGGUAUUACUAUAAUUCCUAUGAAUGUUGCCAAUGUAAAACAAGUAGACAGAACUGUCAAACAAUCUUUUGAAAUAAUCACUCCCUAUAGGAGUUUCAGCUUUACAGCCGAGUCCGAAAAAGAGAAACAAGACUGGAUUGAAGCUGUGCAGCAAUCGAUCGCAGAAACUCUUUCUGAUUAUGAAGUAGCUGAGAAGAUUUGGUUCAAUGAGUCCAACAGGAGCUGUGCAGAUUGUAAAGCCCCAGAUCCUGACUGGGCUUCUAUCAAUCUCUGUGUUGUCAUCUGCAAGAAGUGCGCAGGACAACAUAGAUCUUUGGGACCAAAAGAUUCCAAGGUUAGAAGUCUAAAAAUGGAUGCCAGCAUUUGGAGCAAUGAACUCAUUGAGCUUUUUAUUGUCAUUGGAAACAAAAGAGCAAAUGACUUUUGGGCUGGAAACCUUCAAAAGGAGGAAGAAAUACAUAUGGACUCACCCGUAGAAAAGAGGAAAGACUUUAUUACUCAGAAAUACAAAGAAGGGAAGUUUAGGAAGACCCUAUUGGCAUCGCUCACCAAAGAAGAAUUAAAUAAGGCUCUGUGUGUUGCUGUGGUGAAACCUGAUGUGCUGGAGACAAUGGCCUUGCUGUUCAGUGGAGCUGAUGUCAUGUGUGCCACUGGAGACCCUGCGCACAGCACCCCCUACCUGCUGGCCAAGAAGGCUGGCCAGAGCCUACAAAUGGAGUUUCUCUACCAUAACAGAUUCUCAGAUUUCCCUCAACAUGAUGUUCACCCUGAGGGUGGGUUAGGUCCAGAGACCACUGUGCAGCCCACAUUUCUUUGUGACUUCUUAUAUCAGGCACCUGCUGCUGCUUCCAGAGUCUCCUCAGAGAAAAAGAUGCUCGAAGAGACAAAUAAAAAAUGGUGCAUUUUAGAAGGAGGCUUUUUGAGUUACUAUGAAAAUGAUAAAUCUACCACACCUAAUGGCACCAUUAACAUCAAUGAAGUUAUCUGCCUGUCUAUACAUAAAGAAGACUUCUAUUUAAAUACUGGGCCUAUUUUCAUCUUUGAGAUCUACUUACCCUCAGAACGUGUGUUUUUAUUUGGAGCUGAAACAACUCAAGCUCAAAGAAAAUGGACAGAGACAAUAGCCAAGCAUUUUGUUCCCUUUGUUGCUGAAAACUUAACAGAAGCUGACUAUGAUUUGAUUGGUCAACUCUUCUACAAAGAUUGCCAAGCCCUGGACCAGUGGAAAAAAGGCUGGUUCGCUAUGGACAAAUCUAGUUUGCGCUUUUGCCUUCCAAUGCAAGAAGCUCAGGAGGAUAGGAUGCACUUAAGAAGACUGCAAGAGCUGACCAUCAGCACAGUGGUUCAAAAUGGAGAAAAAUUGGAUGUGUUGCUCUUGGUAGAAAAAGGAAGAACAUUAUACAUCCAUGGGCAUAGCAAGUUGGAUUUCACAGUCUGGCGUACUGCAAUUGAAAAAGCAGCAGGUACAGAUGGUAAUGCACUACAGGAUCAGCAGCUCAGCAAAAACGACGUCCCCAUUAUUGUGAACAGCUGUAUAGCAUUCGUUACGCAGUAUGGUUUAGGAUGCAAAUAUAUCUACCAAAAGAAUGGUGAUCCUUCGCACAUAAGCGAACUCCUGGAUAGUUUCAGAAAGGAUGCUAGAAGCUUUAAACUGAGGGCUGGGAAACAUCAGCUUGAAGACGUGACUGGCGUGUUGAAGAGUUUUCUCUGUGACAUUGAUGAUGCCCUUCUUACCAAGGAGCUCUAUCCAUACUGGAUCUCUGCCUUAGAUACACAGGAUGAUAAGGAAAGAACUAAAAAAUAUGGAGCAUUUAUACGUACUCUUCCAGGGGUCAACAGAGCAACACUCGCAGCUGUAAUAGAACACCUGUACAGGGUUCAGAAAUGCUCAGAAAUCAAUCACAUGAAUGCCCAUAAUUUGGCCUUGGUUUUUUCAUCCUGUUUGUUUCAAACUAAGGGACAAACUAGCGAAGAAGUAAAUGUAAUUGAGGACCUAAUUAAUAAUUAUGUUGAAAUAUUUGAGGUUAAAGAAGACCAAGUGAAACAAAUGGACAUAGAAAAUAGCUUUAUUACCAAGUGGAAAGACACUCAAGUUUCCCAGGCUGGAGAUUUGCUGAUUGAAGUGUAUGUUGAAAGAAAGGAACCUGACUGUAGUAUUAUAAUUCGGAUAUCUCCUGUGAUGGAAGCAGAAGAAUUAACUAGUGAUAUAUUAGCAAUAAAAAAUAUAAUUCCAACAAAAGGUGAUGUUUGGGCCACAUUUGAAGUUAUUGAAAAUGAAGAGUUAGAACGCCCUCUUCACUACACUGAAAAUGUGUUGGAGCAGGUGCUUCGGUGGAGUUCAUUAGCUGAACCUGGCUCUGCUUAUCUUGUGGUGAAGAGAUUCUUAACCGCUGACACAAUUAAACCCUGCAGAGAUAAAAGCAUCAAAGAAGGAGUCUUGAAAAUCAAAGAAGAGCCCUCUAAAAUUCUGUCUGGAAAUAAGUUUCAAGAUCGCUAUUUUGUUUUACGAGAUGGACAUCUCUUUUUUUACAAGGAUUCGAAGAGUACUAAACCGGACAAAAUGUUUUCUCUCAGUUCAAUGAAGUUUUAUCUUGGUGUGAAAAAGAAAAUGAAGCCACCUACCAGUUGGGGACUGACUGCAUGUUCUGAAAAACAUCACUGGCACCUAUGUUGUGAUAGUGCACAAUCCCAGAUUGAGUGGAUGGCAAGUAUCUUUCUUGCUCAGCAUGAAAAUGAUAUAUGGCCACCAGCGGGAAAGGAACGAAAACGUUCAAUAACCAAAAAUCCCAAAAUUGGGGGUUUACCUCUCAUUCCCAUUCAGCCUGUAAAAAAUGCAACCCAAGCCCGGAGGAAUAUUGAGAGUGCAAGAGCAGAACUUGAAAGGCUGAGGCUCAGUGAAAAGCGCGAUCGAGAGUCCAUGGACCCAAGCCUGAAGGACAGAGCUUCCAUUGUGGCCCAGUGCCUGGAACACAAGGACGAUAAACUUCGAAAUCGCGCCAGAAAGCAUCGGAGUUUCAACUGCCUGGAGGACACAGAGACUGAACUCUCACAUGGACUACAAAAAAGCUGCCGAGGAAUAAAGACAUUGAGGAAGACAGAUGACAGGAAUGGCAAAGCAACUUUGGACCCUGAUCAUAAGUUACCGUCAAAGGUAAUUGAAGAACUUAGUGUGGUUCUACAACGGUCAAGAACCCUCCCAAAAGAGUUGCAGGGCGAACAGAUUUUACAGAAAGAAAUCAAAUGAAUAACCCCACAAAUUAUUUUUUAAUGUUGCAUUACAGUGCUUGUGUGUAAAACAGACACGAAACUGUAAGAAGAUUACAGAGUUUAUCUGUAGACAAAUUUGUCUGUGCUUUAAGAAAUUUGCCUGUCUAUACGUAUGCAUUUAAAAGAACAUUUUAAAAUAUGUAUAUAUGGGAUGAAUUGUAAGAUUAACUUUAUUUUUGUCUGAAGAAUGCUUGUAAAUGUCAAGUGUAUUAACUUUAUGUAAGAAGGCCUUGGGUUGCUUUAGGUGGCCAACCCUUUUAAAGUACUUAACUAUUAAAUGGAAUAAGUUAUGAAUAGAAAUCUCAAACUGUACUGUACUGUAUAAAAUGCUGUGUUUAAAGGAAGCCUAUGAAACUGUAUGUAACAUUUUUCACUUUGAGAAGCCAUGUACAUGAAUUUACCACAUGUUAGGUUUUCAUUGGGCCCACCUUAGGGAAAAGAGAGAGAAAUAAGUUAAAAAGAGUGAGGAUUUUUUUUUUCCCCUCAGUGAUUGCCUAGCAAACAACUGGGAUUUAAACAACAAUGAAAAGGCAAAAAGUUAGCCAAUGUCCUGCCUUCCCAGGAAGUGAACUAAGAUGCCUGCUAGUUCACUAAGGACUGGAACUUAUUAAGGACAAAAUGCUUGCUAAAGAAAUAGCCUUGUGACAGUGUUUCCCAGGGGGAACAGGGCCCAUGGGAAUAAUGGUUUGAGGGCAGCGUU